GCAGAUGAGAGAGUCUGGAGCAGAGACAAUUUUAACUUAGCCAUUCCUAAUUUAUCUCAAGCAUUUUCAAUUCAUCUUCACUGCUCUAUGCACACAGGAACACCAGAUUGCCACCCCUGGGGAACAGAAUGCAACCCGGGAUCUAGAGAGCUGUCACAUUCCAAGAAAUAUUUAAAUUGUGCUGAUUUUCUUCUGGAGAACUGAGCCCAGGGAAUGAAACUCUCCAUCAAGUCAUAGCUUUGCGGGCAAUAGAUCAGAGGAUAUUGCCAGUUUUCUAAUGGAUUAUUGUUAUCGGGCAGGUUUUCUUUGAAGCUUUUCAGCUGCUGCUGCGUUCUCCUUGGAUGAGGACUGGAGAUCAGCCAGAUCACUUGUAUGCACAAAGCCGCUUUGGAUCUGCCUUUCCAAACAAGGGCUGCAGCAGACGCUAUAGCAAGGUUGAAGCUUUAUCCUACUCUGACUCACCCAAAAAGCACAACCCUGAUUUUGCGUGAGAAAGUCUAUCUCUACAGAACCUAAAACGGUAGCAGCAGUUUCUGUGCAGGAGAGAUUAUGACAACUUCUUUUUUAAGACUGUCGUCUGGAAUGCUGGCUCAGGAGUCAAAACUACCAAUGGAUUUCAUAUCAAUCAACUAGAAGUAAAGACAGAGGCUUCAAAGAAAAGAAUGUUUAAAUUUCAUCAAAUGAAACAUAUUUUUGAAAUUCUGGAUAAAAUGAGAUGCCUGCGAAAACGUUCUACAGUGUCGUUCUUGGGAAUUCUUGUUAUUUUUCUCCUGUUUAUGAAUUUAUACAUUGAAGAUAGUUAUGUUCUGGAGGGAGACAAACAACUUAUAAGGGAAACAUCCACACAUCAACUGAACUCAGAACGCUAUGUUCACACUUUCAAGGAUUUAUCUAAUUUCUCAGGAGCCAUAAAUGUCACCUAUCGCUACCUAGCCUCCACACCUUUACAAAGAAAGCGGUAUCUUACAGUUGGACUUUCAUCAGUAAAACGAAAAAAAGGAAGCUAUUUACUUGAAACAAUCAAGUCUAUUUUUGAGCAAUCCAGCUAUGAAGAGUUGAAGGAAAUUUCAGUGGUGGUUCAUUUAGCAGACUUUAAUUCAUCCUGGCGUGAUGCCAUGGUCCAAGAUAUUACACAGAAAUUUGCCCACCAUAUUAUUGCCGGAAGAUUAAUGGUUAUACAUGCUCCAGAGGAAUAUUAUCCAAUCUUGAAUGGCCUUAAAAGAAAUUACAAUGAUCCAGAAGACAGAGUCAAAUUUCGUUCCAAGCAAAAUGUAGAUUAUGCUUUUCUGCUUAAUUUUUGUGCCAAUACUUCAGACUAUUAUGUAAUGCUUGAGGAUGAUGUCCGAUGUUCAAAAAAUUUCUUAACUGCCAUCAAGAAAGUCAUUGCAUCUUUAGAAGGAACUUACUGGGUAACUCUUGAGUUCUCUAAGCUCGGCUACAUUGGUAAACUCUAUCAUUCUCAUGAUCUCCCACGUUUGGCACAUUUUUUAUUAAUGUUUUAUCAAGAAAUGCCUUGUGAUUGGCUGUUGACCCAUUUCCGAGGUCUCUUGGCUCAGAAAAAUGUGAUUCGUUUUAAACCAUCUCUCUUUCAGCACAUGGGCUAUUAUUCAUCCUAUAAAGGGACUGAGAAUAAGCUGAAAGAUGAUGACUUUGAAGAGGAAUCAUUUGACAUCCCUGAUAACCCCCCUGCGAGUCUAUACACCAACAUGAAUGUGUUUGAAAACUAUGAAGCGAGCAAGGCUUACAGUAGUGUUGAUGAGUACUUUUGGGGGAAACCGCCUUCAACAGGAGAUGUCUUUGUGAUUGUCUUUGAAAAUCCAAUUAUAAUUAAAAAAAUUAAAGUGAAUACUGGAACAGAAGAUCGGCAAAAUGAUAUCUUGCAUCAUGGAGCCUUAGAUGUUGGGGAAAAUGUUAGGCCUAUCAAACAUAGGAGACAAUGUACUACGUACUUAAGAUUAGGAGAAUUCAAAAAUGGAAACUUUGAAAUUUCAGAUGUGAAUCAAAAAAUUCCAUUUGAUAUCCAUUGUAUGAGGAUAUAUGUUACCAAAACACAAAAGGAGUGGCUGAUUAUUAGGAGUAUUAGCAUCUGGACUUCCUAGCCAGUUAAAUCAAUACAUUCAAUUACUGAA